AUGGCGAGCAGCAGCAGCGUGAGCAGCAGCGCUCUGCUGCUCGCCCGAUUGAACGGGUAUCAUCUCAACCGCUAUUAUUAUUAUUCGAAUAAAAACACCACCACGUAUACUUUGAGCAGAGGCGCGAGGACGACGAGAGCGUUCUCCGGGAAGUCGACAUCAUCGUCGUCGGCGCCUGCAUCUUCCGAUUUGGAGGCGGUGAACGACGAUGGGGAUGAAAGCGACGAUGGCAUCGAGAGGAUAAAACGGAACGCGGGGCGAGAAAGUGCGGAGGUUAUCGUUGCGUUGGGGAAGUUUGAUGCCAUGCACAGGGGGCACAAGGCUUUAGCCGCCGCCGCGGCGACGUUGAGUAAAGAUAAUACUAAGAGCACGUCCAAAAAGGUAAAACAGCAGGCGGUGUUGUUGUCGUUCGAGAACAUGGCGGAGGUGUUGGGAUGGAAGCCGAAGAAACCAGUCACGGCGAAACGCGACAGAGGGAGAGUUUUGAAAGAGUGGAGCGAGGAGUUGGUAGCUUUAGAUGGUGUGGAGGAGUCGGAUUCAGACUGUUACUCCAUUCGCGAACACGGCGUUCCGUUUGCGUCUAUUCGAGAGAUGUCUCCGGAGCGCUUCGUGAAAACUUUGAAAGAACGACUCGGCGUUGCCGGGGUAGUCGCGGGAGAAAACUACCGUUUCGGCUACCGCGCGAGUGGAAGUGCGGAAGAUUUGGUCUCGUUCGGGGAAAAGUACGGAUUACGAGUGAAAAUAGUAUCGCUUUUAGACGCAGAUAAACUCGGCGCGGAGGCGUGUGAUAACGACGGGUGCAAAGGCGAGCAAGUGUCCUCGUCGAGAGUGAGAGCGUGCUUGAAAUUUGGCGACGUGGACGCGGUGACGAAGUUAUUAGGUAGGAACCAUCGAUUAUGUUUAGAGAAAAUAAUAGCAACCGACGGGGAGAAAGAAACGAUGGAUGAUGACGAAAAUUUCGUCGCGUACAAGAGCGAAAACAUAACGCCGAAAGCCGGCGACUACGAAGGCUUUCUCGUCGUCUCUUCUUCUUCUCCUCUUUCUCCCGAUGAUGAUGACGUCGGCGAAGAAAAGCGCCUACCAGUUCGGUGUAAAAUAGUUGAAAACGGAAAUAAAGAUGAUGAAGAUGACGGAUACGUGUUACUCCCGAGGAGUGCUUUUAGUCCUAGUAGCGAUAGCAACACUCUCCUCGCGUUCGAUAUCGAGAGACGACUUUGA